CAUAAAUUAAUAUCAUUGAAUGACGGGAUAUGGGAAAGAGGGAUUAUUUGAUAAAGUGUGCUACCAAAAUUGGCCCCAGCACAUCUAACGAGCUGAGGUCGAACGAACGACCCAAGUCGUUCUGUGAAGACUUACUUGCCAAAAUCAAAGAGUUAUGUCACAGACAGAACACAGCACUGACAGCAUCAUGGCAACUGAAACUCUCCGACAGAAUUCUGAAAACAUUCACCAGAUACCAGAAAACAUUCGUCAUGAAUCGGACAUAGAAUCGGAUAAUUUCAGCGAAAAUGGAGAAGUUUGUGAUUUGAGUGCCGAUAAAUUAGACCCAGCUGAUCGCGAACUUUACGAGAAAUUGAAACAGCAGGAACGAGAGGAGAGGGAGGAAAUUGAAAAAGAACUCAAAGCCCACGAGGACGCCCUGGCGCGACACCAGGAGGAACUGAGGGCCCGGGAGAAGGAGCUGAGAAUUGCCCAAGAAAUAAUGGUACAGAGAGAGAGGGAGAUGCUGUCGAAACACACAGAGGAGUACCGGGCGCAGCUGGCCCACGCCCACGCCCAGGCGCUCUCCCUCUCACACAUGGGACGCACCCCGUCCCCGAAAAACUUAAAGAUAGACACCCACGCUGUGAGACCCGAGCUCCAAAGUCACAGCCCCUUUUCAUCACAGCCCUCCCCCGACAGGUUUCCCCGUGUGCCCUCACAUUCACUGUCAUCCGGGGGGUCCCAUUCGCCCCCCGACCCAGGAAGCGAUGGGCGAGCGCAUCACUGGACCUUUGAAGAACAGUUUAAACAGGGGCAGUCCCAAGAAUUUAAAAAGUUGUACGAACUGAGUGAAGAUCCAAAGAGAAAGGAAUUUCUAGAUGAUCUCUUUGCCUAUAUGCAAAAGAGAGGCACCCCAGUCAACAGAAUCCCCAUCAUGGCUAAGCAGACCCUGGACUUGUACGAGCUCUUCCGAUUGGUCGUCUCAAAAGGAGGCCUCGUCGAAGUGAUUAACAAGAAACUGUGGCGUGAGAUCACCAAAGGCCUUAACUUGCCAUCAUCCAUCACAAGUGCUGCAUUUACCCUCCGAACACAAUAUAUGAAAUAUUUAUAUCCGUAUGAAUGUGAAAAACUCAAAAUGAGCUCGCCUCAGGAACUGCAAGCAGCGAUUGAUGGGAAUCGUCGUGAAGGACGCCGGUCUAGCUAUGGCUAUGACCUGUCCCCUGGUCCAACACUGGUUCCUGCGAGCCACCACCUCAAUGGGACCCUGAUGAAUGGCAAAAUAGGAGUGGGUUCACCCAGCAAGCUAUGGCCUCACAUGGACGAUCAUUGUGAUGCUGAUGAUGACAGUCUACCGCCGACACCAAUUCCACACCCGGCACACCUUGGUAACCGAGGACUCACCGAGCGUGAUGCCAUAGCCAUGGAGGUUGCUACGCGGGCGAUGGAGGAGGCGACUCGCAAGAUGGAGGCUGCGUCACGAACACCCUCAGUGGAUGAGCCCGCCCGGAAACGCAUGACAACCGAGGAAGAGCGACUCCUGGCCCACGCGGGCAUGCCCAGCGCCCAUCUGAAAAUAACGAGCAGAAGUAUGUAUUAUGAUGGUCGGUCAGAAAUUGACAACUCGCUCGUUGUUUCCAUGGAGAUCAACGGGAUAAUGUACCAAGGGGUGUUAUUUGCACAACAUCCACGGAGAAUGUGAAUAAACGGAUCAUAUUUCAUUCACUCAUGAACCAAAAUUAAUUCAUGAACCAAACCAAUUCAUGAAUCAAAUUCAUUCAUGAACCAUAAUUAAUUCAUGAACCAAACAAAUUCAUGAACCAAACUAAUUCAUGAACCAAAAUUAAUUCAUGAACCAAAAUUUGGUGGGACUAAAAACUUGAAAUGGAAGAGGACUGGGAGACAUAAUAUGCUUGCAGAAACGUUUUAAGUUAUUUUGUCUUGCAUGUUUCCGUAUCUGGGUUAAUAGAAAAGAAGAAAUGUAACCCAUGCAUGGAAUGGGAUUUUGUAGACAAAAUGUUUUUUUUUUAAAACUCCCAAGUGACAUUGAUGUCAUUGUUAUUAUGUUGUUGAUGGUUGGCAUGACAAUAUAGUUCAUCUGAAAAAUAAACACAUUUAUAUCAGAUUUGUGAAAUGUCUUCAUAAGAUAUUAUAUUGGUUGUACAUAGCAUUUCUCAUUUAUUGUGCGAUAUUUGGUGAUGCCGAUAGUUUUAGUGUGUGCGACUUGGCAAUCGUCUUAAUGGGACCUUGUAAAUCAUGCAACAAAAAAAAUGUUUUACAUACGUAUUGGUCAUUGUAUUUCUGUACAAAAUACUCAUGCAUCAAAAUGUAUGUGUGCACAAAUCAUGUAUGUGUUUUUAUUAAAAUUAUUUCACUCAA